AUGUCGCGUCGCGACGACGCGUCUCCUCAAUCGCAGCAUGGUCGUGAUGCAUCAUCUUCGCUUGGACUUCCUUCGAGUAGUCCUGUGCAUCCGAGCAUGCAUGAGCGAGCAGCGCCUUCGGAUUCUUCCUCAGUGGUGAGUGGUGUGGGAUCACCCCUGCACUUUCCAACGUCCUCUCCUGCUGUUUCGCAAAUAUCGCAGCGCACACCUCUGGCACGACGUCGACACGGACCGAUGUCAACGACAUCUAGCCAGUCUGGUGACGCUGAGCCGCUCUUUUUCCCUCCAUCUACAAGUUCGACGCCGCACCGCAGUCGGCGAGGCGAUAUUCAAUCGUUUUCUGUUGCUCUUAGCUCACCGUCUGUGCUUCCAUGGCGUAUGCAUCAAGGAUUGACUCCCGCAGCUAAUGGAUCUGAGUCGGAACGUGCUCCACGAUCGUCCUCCCAUGCUAGUGACGAUCUUGUUUUUUCGCAUGGCACAUCGGAGGAUGAUGCGCAGUAUGCACAGCCUCAGCAAAAUAUGCUCAAGGUAAUUUGGGGUACGAAUGUCUCGGUGGGUGAGACUAUGCAGUUAUUCCAGACGUUCCUACGUGGUUUUCGUCUCAAGUAUCGUUGGGCUUAUGUUAGGUCACAUGGUCUUCCCCAAGCACAGUUGCCACACAUGGAUGGUGAGCUGCUGUUGUAUGAGGACUAUAUGCGUCAAAUGCGUCGAACCCAUAUACCCAAUUUGAACCUAAGUAUCCGCGAUUUGGCGGCUUUUCCCCCAUCCAAGAAAUUGGCUUUGCAGGUAAUUCGGUACCCUCAGGAAGUGGUGCCCAUCAUGGAUACAGUCCUCAAGGAGCAGAUGCUUGUGCUUGCGGAAGAAGAUUUGCGCUCUAGCCUAACAAAUUAUGAAGUGGACACGCUGCGUGAACAGAUGGAUCUCAUCGAGAGUAUGCUAUACAAAGUUCGACCAUACGGCGGCAAAAGCACCAACAUGCGGGACUUGAAUCCCUCAGAUAUCGAUAAACUUACGGUCGUUCGCGGCCUCGUCAUCCGUGUAUCGUCCAUCAUUCCUGACAUGAAAGUGGCGUUCUUCCGUUGCUCAGUAUGCCAUCAUACUGUGCAGGUAGAGAUUGAUCGCGGUCGGAUCACCGAGCCGCAGCGAUGUCCGCGUGACAUGUGCAACCAACUUGGAUCCCUCUCGCUGAUCCACAACCGAUGUGAGUUUGCCGAUCGCCAGAUCAUUCGACUUCAAGAAACCCCUGAUGUCGUUCCCGACGGACAGACGCCUCAUUCCAUUAGUUUGUGUGUCUACGACGAGAUGGCGAAUCGAUGCAAACCCGGUGACCGCAUUGAAGUCACGGGCAUUUUCCGCAGCAUGCCGGUCCGCCUAAAUCCUCGGCAGCGCACGCUUAAGAGCCUGUUCAAGACAUAUGUGGACGUGGUGCAUGUCAGGCUCAACAGCAGUAGGCGUUUGUUCAUGGAUGGCUCGACGCGUGAGUUGGUGGACACACAUGCACUUGGUGUGGGAGGCGAAGAUGAGGGCGAGAUGGUGGAUUCGGACAGCCAUGUGGCUGGCGAUGCACCAUCCUCGCAGCUUCCUGCGAGCGGGCGCAUGUCCCUUUUUCCCAGCGAAGAAAUGCAGGAUCAGAUUCAACGGCUCUCUGAGCGCAGCGACGUAUACGAGUUGCUGGCUCGCAGCCUAGCUCCAAGCAUCUAUGAGAUGGAGGAUAUGAAAAAGGGCGUUUUACUGCAGUUGUUUGGUGGAACAAACAAGUCGAUUACGACGGGUGAUGGCCAUGAUGGCCCUAGGUACCGAGGUGAUAUCAAUGUACUGAUUGUCGGUGACCCUGGUACGUCUAAGAGUCAGAUGCUCCAGUACGUGCACAAGAUUGCACCGCGUGGAAUGUAUGUGUCCGGCAAGGGCUCGUCGGCUGUGGGUCUGACGGCCUAUGUGACACGCGAUCCUGAUACCAAGCAACUUGUGCUGGAAAGCGGGGCGCUUGUGCUUUCAGAUGGUGGUGUAUGUUGUAUCGACGAAUUUGACAAGAUGCCUGAUGCAACGCGCAGCGUACUUCAUGAGGUCAUGGAGCAACAGACUGUGUCUGUGGCCAAGGCCGGCAUCAUCACCACCCUCAAUGCUCGAACGUCUGUGCUGGCCGCAGCGAAUCCAAUUGGGUCCAAGUAUGAUCCGCAUUUGCCCAUCACCAAAAACAUUGACUUGCCGCCGACGCUACUCAGUCGUUUCGAUUUGGUGUACUUGGUUCUAGAUCAAAUUCAAGAGGCCACGGAUCGGCGUUUGGCACGCCAUUUGGUCGGACUUUAUCUCGAUGAUGCGCCAGAGAGUGGUGGAAGCGAUGUGAUUCCGAUUGAACUGCUGACCUCCUACAUUUCGUACGCGCGUGAAAACGUUGCCCCUGUCUUGACUGCUGAGGCCAGCGACUUGCUAGCGCGUCGAUACGUCGAGCUCCGCAAGGCUGGUGAAGAUCCACGCAGUACCGAGCGCCGUAUCACAGCGACCACGCGACAAUUAGAAAGCAUGAUCCGUCUCUCUGAAGCCCAUGCGCGCAUGCGGCUUUCCACUGUCGUAACGGCGGCGGAUGUGGACGAGGCGAAUCGACUGAUCCGCGAAGCAGCCAAGUCGAGUGCCACGGACCCCACGACUGGUCUCAUCGAUUUGGAUCUCUUAGCCACCGGUCGCUCCUUGCACCAGCGGCGGAUCGCGGGCGACAUGAAGAACGAGUUGUUGUCGGUGAUUCAGACCUUGGCUCAGGGUGGCGGCCAAUCUCGACCCGUGCGUGUCACAGAGCUGCUGCAUUCGAUCCGCGAGCAGAGUUCUGUGAUGGUGGAGCCCGCAGAGCUCAAUGAGGCAUUGCAGGCACUCGAGGCCGAGGGCACUGUGCAGCUCGCAGGUGAUCGUGAGCGACGUACAGUACGUCUGCUAUAG